CCUUACGCACACUUCAUUCCUGUACCUUGAAGAUGUGUGUUUUGGUGGAUUUUGGUAGGUGGUGCUGCGAUGCGAGAUAGAUACAGAACGUUUUGAUGCACAUGCGGCAGCAGGGUGGGCAAACACAUAGCCAUGUUCAUCAGUGUAGCUGAAUAUCGUCCGUGAAAAGUUGCAGUUUCUAAGUUCUGUCAAUAAUUUCGAGUGUCGGGCAUCCACAUCAUACAUUUGGCGAGGACAAUAAAAUUCGUAAAAGCACGCAACUAGAGCCGAGGAGUGUUGUUCCAGCAACUAAGAACGUUUUCCGAUACGCCCAAUCCAUAUGUCCCUGAGAAUAAGGGCAGCUGCUCCAUUCAUUCUGACUGCAAAAAUCACUUGCCAAGAGCACUGAAAUCAAUGCAGAAGCGUUUUCGUCGGCCUAAUGGAAAAGAUUAAUCAAUAAGCAUGCCACGUAAUGGCUUGGCUCGGAAUAGCUGUCUGAGAACACGCUGAUCGUCGGGAAACUAUCGGAAGUAGACACAGAGCUUGGAUUUCACUAUUGGAUUUGAUACUGGCUGCUCCCUCUAUCGGUCACAUUAGGAAAUAGCCGGAACUAAUAAGACAGACGAGCCAUCGUUCUUUAAAAAAAGAAAGAAACAAAACACAAAAAUCAACUAACCAUGGGAGAACAUUUGAACGCAUCAUCGUUAAGGUGGAUGUGUUUCCUGUUGACCAUCGGUAGCCUCUCGGGACUGUACGCGGCCAGUUCGCACAAUGUGAUCUAUGCCAUCAAUGCCGGCGGGGACGCCCAUAUCGAUUCACAUGGCAUCAAGUAUGGUCGCGAUCCUCUGAUGGGUAAGGUAGGUACCGAGUCCGAUUAUGGCAAACAACUGCUGAUGAUCAAUAGGGUAAAACCGAACGAUGAGAUCCUAUAUCAGACGGAACGUUACCAUCAUGACACGUUUGCCUACGAGCUUCCGCUGGCAGGCGACGGCGAGUAUGUGCUGAUUUUGAAAUUCUGCGAGGUUUACUUCAACGCCCCAAAUAUGAAAGUAUUCGAUAUAGCCUUGAAUAACCGGCACAUGAUCGUUUCGGAUUUGGAUAUUUUUUCACUGGUUGGAAAGGGUACGGCUCACGAUGAGUACGUUUACUUUACCAUUUCAAGAGGGCGCAUGUACUUCAAAGAAGAAGAAUCGGAAGUACGUGGGGGGAAAAUGAAACUAGAAUUUGUCAAAGGCUACAAAGAUAAUCCGAAGAUUAAUGCCAUCGUCCUGAUCAAGGGCUAUGAUGAAUCUAGUUUACCUCGACUGACACCUUUGGCAAGUGAGCAAACGGCACCAGAGAUGCAACUGGAAGAUCCAGUGUUGACCGGGAGUGGUGGUGCGGCGGAUGGCGAUGCACCAGGCGCCGGGAGCGACCAGGGAAAAUCGAAACACCGGAAAACUAGUGGUCCAAAACAACCGAAUCCUUAUUCACUGGACGAAUCCAGCAUGAUGUUGCCCGUUUUUAUAGCAAUCGGAGCAUUCAUUCCUCUACUUUUCUGUUUGUGUCGACUGUGAUUCUGUUAUGAAAACUCUAGCAAUAGACAAAUGGGCUCACUUUGGUUUUAUAAGUAGUUUGAACAAAAAAUAACUAAACCGUACUGCACCGCUCGAGCGCGCAGGUUUGUUAAAUAUUUUUAAUUAACGAAGAUAUUUUUGGAUAUUUGGGUCUAGCACGAUAUUGUAUUCAUGUAUUUAGAAAGAUACAAGUAACAAAUGACAUGGAAUUGUAAGAAAUAUGAUCCUCAUCACACUUAACUAGAUUGAUCGUUUUAAGAAGAGCAUAAUAUAUGUAAAUAGUUCCAUAGAGGUUCAGUUUAAAAGACUUAUACUUUUAAUAGUGGUAGCAAUUCGUUCUCUCCUGUUUAGUCCAGGAUAUGCAAUAAGCUGGAACAAUGUCUCACAAAACUUCUGAAGAUAUUUAUUCCGUUAUAAUUUAUCUGUUCAAAAGCUCAAAAUUCGUUGUUCCUUAGCGAUAUAUAGUAGCUGUAAGAGACAACGCGCACUUAGACAGAUUUUCUAACUUAAUUAUGUCGACGCUAAUUUCGGAUGGCAAUAAAUCCAAAUACACGAAAGACUUUAGUUGAAGUACUUACUACAAAACCGGUUGAGUCAGGUAUUUUACUGUGUUUUCAACAAUAUCGUAUAGGUAAAGGAUUGUUUCUUUGUAAAAAAUCGCAGCAGUAAUGAAUCCUGGGAAUCGCAUAAAAGAUAAUAAAAUGUCAACGGU